AUGACUGGCCAAAAAAGAGACUCCUCUGCAGCGGGUGAUAGUCCAAGUGCAGUGAGUUCCAGUGCCUCAUCAGAGAAUGUGCAAUUGGGUUCAAGAGGGCCAGCAGGGAAAACACAAGACCGACUGCAAGUGACCGAAACAUGGCAGCGUGGAGAUCUGAGAACUCUCGUCACAACUUGGUUGAUUAACUCGAUGGAACCAGCCAUUGGAAAGCCACAUAUGUUUCUGCCAACAGCCAAGGAUGUCUGGGAGGCUGUACGUGAGAUGUACUCGGAUAAUGAGAACUCAUCUCAAAUUUUCGAGUGGAAGACUAAGCUAUGGAAGGCUAAACAAGGAGAUAGAAACGUUACAGUGUUCUACAAUGAACUUGUAACCUCGUGGCAGGAGUUAGACCUAUGCUAUGAAAACGAACAGGAGUGCCCAAAUGACAGCAUCCGGCACAAAAAAAGGGAAGAGAAUGAUCGUGUUUAUGUCUUUCUUACAGAGUUAAAUCAAGAUUUAGAUUAG